AUGGCUAGACCUCAGGUAACCUUCAUGAGCCCCAUCAAUUCACCAACAAUGUCACAUGAACAAGAAGGAUAUGAUCACCUUGAUGAUCAUGAAGAAGAGACAUAUUCACCUACCGGGUGCUGUUGUUUUCGACUCUUCACGUUUAAUUCGCGGCGAAACAAUGAACGUGACUAUGAUCUUUUGAACCAGAAUGGCGAGCAUAGAGAUCCAUGGUUGGUGAGGAAACUGAACAAAGUGAAGGAGGCUUCUGAGGUAUUGGCAGGGCCCAAGUGGAAGACAUUCAUUAGAAAGAUUGGUGCAUUUAUCAAGAAGAAGAAACAAAGGAAUAACCAGUUUCAGUACGAUGCUGAAAGCUAUGCUCUGAACUUUGAUAGGGAAGAAGAUGAUAAUUUGAUUCCUGGUUUCUCUUCAAGGUUUGCUGCUGCUUCUGGAGAUCAAGAAAUUCGUAGGAACUGGUUGUGA